CCUUCACAAUCAACUUAAUUGUGUGUCAUUUUUUUUUUCAUCGCUUUAAAAAUGUUUUGAUUGACAAUUGAUCAGCUGGAAGCAAUUCAGUAAUCCAAAUUGAUUAACAUGGAAGACGAGGAAGACAAUUAUUCAAAGUUUGAUGAAGAUGAAGAUGAUGAGGGAAACCACCGAAGGAGGAGAAGACAACGACCAGUGGAGGUGACCAAAAAACCAUCGAAAGAAGAAUUACAAUUAGUUAAUUUUCUUGAGCAAUUAAAUCGAAAAUUAUCAAUUGUAACUGAUAAACAGAAAGAAGCUCGAGAGAAAGAAGAUCAACCAGUGAAACAGAAAUCCAAUGAUCUAUUGCAACUGAUAAGUGAUGUGAUUCUUAACCCAAAGUCCAAAGAUAAUCAUGAUUUGGAAUCAGUUAAACCAAGAAGAUCGAAAAGUUUACCAAAAGUGAGAAGAUCCAACAGUUUAACUCGACUUGAAGCAAUAGAUAAUUCAACCCAAUUACAGCCGAGAAAAUCCAAAAGCUUGACCAGAAUGCAAGCAAGAAAAUCGUCAAGUUUAACCAGAAUUAAAGCGAAAAAAUCAAAGAGUUUAACCAAAUUGGGACCAAAGAGGGUCAACAGUUUGACCAGAUUAGAGCCCAGAAAAUCCGAUAGUUUAAAGGAACUACAAGCCGACAUAUCGAAGAUUACAAAGAUGAUUGAAGAUUUUGAUCAAGAGGUUCCAUUGAGACGUAGAAAUUUUUUCAGAAGGAUGAGAGAUAGAAAAAGAAAAUCCAAUUGGUGUUAUCGGAACAGUUUCUUCAUCAUUGGAUUUACCAUAAUUAUGAGUAUAAUUGUUUGGGGAGUUUACUCAAUCAUCCAGGAUGGAAUUGCCAGACAAAAGUGUCGAAAUAGAAAUGACACCAAAUUCUGCUUUUAGAUGGACACAAUUCAACACCUCCAACCAUAAAUUACAAAUUCCAAUUUCAAAUUGUACAAAAUUAAAUAAUCAUUUAGCUUAGA